AUGUUCGUCGCCGCUCACCGGGAGCGGGGUAAAUCCUCCAGUCAGCGAGAAACGUCAGAUAUUUAUCAAAGCUUGUGCCCAUCGAAACCGAUUCCCAAACCACGAUAUGCAGCUGUAAGGACACUCUAUGAGCCAUUGGCUCCGACUCGAAAUAUUCUCGAUUCCGACGCUUUAGUUCUUUACUUUCCCGCCCCGAAAACUGUUACUGGGGAAGAUGUACUAGAGUUACAUGUACAUGGGGGUUCAGCUACAGUCAAAGCAGUCUUAAGCGCAAUUCCACAAUGUACAUCGCCAGCGAAAAUUCGAUAUGCCGAGCCUGGAGAAUUCACACGUCGAGCAUUUCAGAAUAAUAGAUUGGAUUUAGCGCAAGUGGAAGCAUUGAGUGAUACUUUAUCUGCAGAGACGGAACAACAACGUCGUGCUGCUGUGCGAGGAACUUCUGGAAACCUUGGUCGUACAUAUGAAGCAUGGCGACAACAAUUAUUGUAUGCGCGUGGGGAGUUGGAGGCAUUGAUUGACUUUUCAGAGGAUCAACAUUUUGAUGAAUCGCCUGCGGAAUUAUUAUGGAACGUUACAGCUCAAGUUGAGGUUAUGUUGGAAUCAAUCGCCGCACAUGAGUCAGCAAGUCAUCGGGGUGAAUUACUCAAAAAGGGAAUUAGGAUUUCUUUAUUAGGACCACCUAAUGCUGGCAAAAGUUCUCUUUUAAAUCAAAUCGUCGGUAGAGAAGCUUCAAUUGUUAGUCAAGAAGCCGGAACUACUAGAGAUAUCGUGGAAGUUAGUUUGGACAUUCGUGGGUACCUUUGCACUUUUGCGGAUACCGCCGGCUUGAGGACUCAAGUUUCACCAAGUGAAAGUGGCAAGAAUGACUCAAUAAUCGGGCAUAUCGAACAGGAGGGUAUCCGAAGAGCUAAAGCGAAGGCAAAUGAGUCAGAUGUCGUUAUUGCUCUUGCCAGUAUAGAAUGGUCAGAUAUUCGAAAUGGAUGGGAAAUUCGUUACGAUAUUGAAACAUUCGAAAUAGCAGCUAAAGCCCCGAAAUCCAUGAUUGCUAUUAAUAAAUCUGAUUCAGUCACCCCUGAGAUACUGUCAGAACUUAUAAAUGACUUCAAAAAGUCUCAAAUAGACAUAAUUACUGAAAAUGUCGUUCCACUAAUGACGAUAUCAUGUAAAAAUGCUCAGGCAUCAUCAAGUCAAGGAAGUAUUGGUCAUUUUAUCGACGAAAUGGUCAAGGUAUUCGAAAAUAUGACAUCUCUACCAACGGAUCUGGAGGAUUUACUUGGAGUUACUGAACGUCAGCGUCAACUUCUCGCUGCCUGCUCAGCCCAUCUAUUAGAUUUUACGAAGGAAGCUCAGCUGCAGGUUGAUGAUGAACGAGAAGUCGAUAUCGUUUUGGCGGCUGAGCAUCUUAGAUCUGCUGCUAAUUGUUUAUCGCGGAUUACGGGUAGAGGUGAAGCUGGUGAUGUUGAGGAGGUUCUUGGAGUGGUUUUUGAAAAAUUUUGUGUUGGUAAGUAG